UCCUGUUUGACGCAGGGUGAGCUUUGAUGCUAGAACAGCAGGGAAAGGACGCGCUUCAUAAUGAGCGCCAUUAUCUCUCUUCGUUUUCAUAUUUUACUGUUUUCAGGACACACACCCACACACACAUGGUCCCUCCUUCACGUUUUGUCAGGAAUGUUCAUGUGUGUGUUGCAUUGAUAACGCGGGUGUGUGACAUGUGAGAGGACCGAUAUGGAGUAAACCUGCGCUGGGAAUGGAAACACGGUGAGGAGAGAAGAUUGACAUGGCGGACCCAGAGGUGUCAUCACAGAGCGGGGGCUACGAUGUGGAGCUGUUUGUGGACACUCCAGACUACGAUCUGAUCUGCACUAUAUGUCAGGGGGUCCUCAAGUGUCCAGUAAGAGCAGCGUGUCACCACAUCUUCUGCAAGAAAUGCAUCUUACAGUGGCUUAAGAGACAGGAGACAUGCCCCUGCUGCAGGAAGCCUGUAAACACAAGCCUUAUAUUUGUCAUGUUCAAGCUGAGCAAAUCUAUUGGCCGCCUGAAGAUCAAGUGUAAGAAUGAGAUCCGUGGUUGUGCAGAGACCUUCUCCCUUUCGGAGCAGUACUGCCACAGCAUGAGCUGUCUCUACGAGCUCAUCCCCUGUCCCUACCAGGGCUGCCGGGCGCAGCUCCUUCGCAGGGACCUGGACACUCAUGCACGCCACUGCGAACACUGGCGCCAGCCCUGCCACAUGGGCUGCGGGACGAUUCUCUCACACCGCACCCAGGCCCAGCACAACUGCUACAAGCAACUGAGGCAGGAGUAUGAAGUCAGACAGAGGAACCACAGGGCCAUCGCCACUGCCCUGCAGAGGAAGAUGAGGAGGAUGCAGAGUACCAUGACCCACAUGAAGAGGCAGAUAGGGCUGAUCUGCGAUAGCCUGGAGGUGAUGGACGACCUGCACGAGGUAGAAGAGGAGGACCUUGGAGAGAGCAGUGGAAGCUCGAGCGGGACUCCAAGUAGCAACACCAGCAACUGCUGAGGGAUUCCCUUAUUACUGCUGCUGCUGGUUGUUAUUUCUGCAUGUGUUUAUUUCUUUGAAAGUGUGUUUGUGUGUUUUAAAAUAUGUAGGUGGUAUAUGAUUAAAAAGAGUGAAUUUGUAACAUUUUUUGUGCUGUAGUUUCCUAUAUUUUGUUAAUAAAGUAUUUAAAACUGACAUUGUCAUCCUGACUUUCAUUCAGGAGAAAAAUGUGGAGACUUUUUUAUAUUUACCAGCUUUGCCUACAGAUGCCACUUGAGAUGAAUACUUAUUUUAAUACAAACAAUUACCAGACGUGUGCAAACAUAACCUACAUCUAACUCAUGACUAUGCUUUCCAGAACAUUUAAAGCACUCAGACAUGUAUUCAUAUUUCACAAGACUGUUUUUAUCUUCAUAUAAUGCAUUUGUUGUUUUUAUAUUUUUCUUUUAGGCUAUGACUAUUGAUAUCUGAUGAGCGAUGUAUCUUUUUAGACUAUUUGAGCUUCUAAC